UAUCUGAAUGCAUUCAGCGCCGCUAUCACCACAUAAACAUGACGAAGACCUGGACUGAAGCUCAGAGAUACUGCAGAGAAAACUACACAGAUCUGGCCACAGUCAACAACAUGAACGACAUGAAUCAACUGAUAAAGAGUAUAGAUCACAGUCUUUAUGGUGUCUGGAUUGGACUGCAUAGAUCAAGUGUUCAUAAAUGGAAGUGGUCUCUGGGUGAUCCUGUGAAAUAUACAAACUGGUAUGGAGACUCAAAUGGUCCAGAUGAUUGUGUUUAUAUGAGAGAUGGAUCAUGGCAUCAUCAGGACUGUAAUAUGAACAUGAGAUUCAUCUGCUACAAUGAGAGCAGUAAAGGAUUCAUCAUUGAUGAUUCUUCAGUAUCAUGGAGAGCCGCUCAGAUCUUCUGCAGACAGCAUCAUACUGAUCUGACCAGUGUGAGGAAUCAGACUGAGAAUCAACAGAUUCAGAAGAUCAUGAAUGACACAAACAUAUAUGAAGUCUGGAUCGGUCUGUUCAGUGACUCAUGGGAGUGGUCAGACAAGAGGAACUCUGGAUUCAGAAACUGGGAUCCUUGUGAACCAAAUAAUCCUUAUACUGAAAAAUGUGCAAUGGUCGGUGGGGUUAAAUGGAAUAAUGUGGUUUGCAGUAUCUCUCUGACCUUUGUGUGUCAUGAAGAUAAUCUGAUAUUGAUCCAGGAGAAUCUAAGCUGGUCUGAAGCUCUGAGAUACUGCAGAGAGAAUCAUGUGGAUCUGGUUUCAGUUGAUUCAGAGGAGAUUCAGCGCUGGGUAAUGGACGUGAUUGAUGAGUCCUCUACUGACGCCGUGUGGAUGGGGUUACACUAUUACUGCCAAAUGAACCUCUGGAUCUGGAUACGAGGAGAGGCCGUGUGCUAUCAGAAUUGGGCUCCAGGGAACGGAGCAGGACUUAUGGACUGCAACACUGAAAACAGAGCUGGAGCAGUUCAGUCUGGAGAAGAUCAUCGCUGGAUCAGCCUUCCUCAAUCUCACAAACUCAACUUCAUCUGCAGCAGAAAAUAAUCAAAUAAUUUGUGUUUAUCACUUCAUUUUUGUUCUUUGUUAAUUUUCUGGUUUUCAUUUAGUUUUGUUCUUUAGCAGUAGGGUCCAUUUAUAAACAAAUUACAGAUUAAAUACAAUUAUGCCUUAGUUUAGAAUCAUUUCAUGUAUACAAAAAAAAAAAAAGGUUUCUAUGUUAAUCUCCUGACACAAUAUAUUUUCUUAUGUUUCUUUAAAUACUGUUGAAUUAUAUGAAAUUAAUGUCUUAGUUAUAUGUUGAGUGGGUUAAGGUUCAUGAUAUUUACUCAUCAGAUGUCACUUCUGUUCUGUUUCAUGUGUGAUUGAUAAAGAUUAUGAGCUCAUAUCACAGUUUAAUGAGAUUUAUUUCUGGAUCUUAAGUGAAUCAUAUGAGUUUAGAUUCCUUUGAUUCUUCUCUUUAGAAUUGUUGGGUGAAUCUGAUUCUUUAA